AUAAAGGCGCACGCGCUGAGGCUCGCGCGCAGACCGAGGAGCGCUUCCGAAGAUCCGGAGACCCAGCGCUUUCUGCGUCGAGCAGCUGCGGGAUAAACGCGUGUGCGGGGUCUGCUGAUGAGCUCCAGCUGAGUGUGUGUAGCGUGUGCCGUGAUGACUGACGUGAUGAUCAGCGCCACACCGAUGGACGACAUGAGGCUCAGUCCCAGCAAAGACCGCCUGACUUUCCAGAUCUUCCCGGACCCGUCAGACUUCGAGCGCUGCUGUAAGCUGAAGGACCGUCUGCCGUCGAUCGUGGUGGAGCCGACGGAGGGCGAGGUGGAGAGCGGGGAGCUGCGCUGGCCGCCCGAGGAGUUCCUGGUGAGCGAGGAAGAGGAGGACGAGGAAGAGUGUGACGGAAACCUGCAGAAUGGACAGAUGCAGAACUCUCAGCGCUAGAGAGGAUCUACUGACAUGAAUCACACACAUAGAAUAGACAAUCACACCAGCACAUACAGAACAACCGAUCCACUGACAUCCGCUCGCUCGGACUUCAUUCCCACCUCUGUGUGUGUGUGUGUGUGUGUGUGUGUGUGUGUGUGUGUGUGU